AAGUAACAAACAGCGCCAUAAACUUGAAAGCGAGAAGCCCAACAGCCUUAUUUUUACAAAUAUUACCCCUAAAAUGUCAUCAAAAGAUUUGACAUCAGUCACUGAACAGUUGGCAAAGACCAAAGUUAAUGAAACAUAUGAACUAAGUUUUAAAGGAAAGGGAUUGAAGCUAAAUAGCGCUGCUGAUGUUAAAGACAUAGUUGAUGAAAUUGAAAAAUGCAAAACUAUGACAGCAUUGAGAAUGGAAGGGAAUACCCUUGGUGUAGAGGCUGCAGAAGAAUUGUCUAAAGCAUUAGCUAAACAUCCAGAAUUCCAAAGAGCACUAUGGAGUGAUAUGUUUACUGGGAGGUUGAAAACUGAAAUACCUCAAGCACUGAAACAUUUAGGCGGAGCCAUCAUGUCAUCUGGAGCUGGCCUUGUAGAACUUGACUUGAGUGACAAUGCCUUUGGACCUUUGGGUGUUGAAGGAUUGGUAGAACUUCUGAAGAGUAGUAGCUGUUACACAUUACAGGAACUCAGGCUCAACAACAAUGGUCUGGGUAUUGGUGGUGGGAAGAUGCUGUCCCAGUCAUUAUUAGAUUGUCACAAGACCAGUUGUCAGGCAGGAAAACCACUAGCUCUAAAAGUAUUUGUUUGUGGGAGAAAUAGACAAGAGAAUGAAGGGGCCAUUGCACUGGCUCAGGCAUUUAAGACUAUUGGUACAUUAGAAGAGAUAUCGAUGCCACAGAAUGGGAUACAUCAUCCUGGUAUCACAGCUCUUGCUGAAGCAUUGUCAGAAAAUAAACAGCUAAAAAUACUCAACCUUAACGAUAAUACAUUUACCAAGAAAGGUUCACAAAGUAUAGCUAAGGUAUUACCAAAUUUACAGAAUUUAGAAGUAAUAAAUUUUGGUGAUUGUCUUAUCAAAACAGAUGGAGCAAAGAUAUUAGCCAAGAGUUUGAAGGGUGGACAUACGAAGUUAAAAGAAUUGAAUCUGGCAGGAAAUGAAAUAACGACAGAUGGAGCAAUGGCAAUAGCAGAGAGUAUGGAGGGCAAAGGUCAACUGACGAAACUAGAUCUGAAUUGUAACAUGUUAGGAGAAAAUGGUGUAGAGGAAUUAAAAGGAACGAUGGAAGCAAUGGACAAGGUGGAUCUGCUGGCUUCUCUUAGUGACGAUGAAGGAUCAGCAGACGAGGAUGAUGUAGAAGAUGAUAAUGAUGAGGAAGAAGAGGAUGAGGCCCAGGAAGACCAGGAAGGAGAUAUUAUUAAUGACCCUGAACUACAGGUCAAGGGCAAAGGCAUAACACCUAAAAAACAGGCUGUAUCUGCUAAAGAUUUCCUGGCGUUUCCAUCACCACAGAAACUUAAACAAAUGGGAAGACAAAAAGCUGAAAACUUAAUACAAGAACUUGGGAAUGAAAUCACAGAUUUAGACAAAGUAGUGCAGACAUUUCUCAGGAUUUCCUCGAUUGUUACAAAGGAUGAUGUAGACACAAAAGAUUCUGUUUGUGAAUGUGCAGAAAAACUUAUAGAGGAGACAUUAAAAAGUGAAAAUAACACAGCUUCAAUGUUAGCUAACAGUAUAUUGGUCAGUAUGGGAAUAUUGAAGGGUGAAGAUAAAAAGUACAAACCACCUAGUACAUUAAUGGGACCUCUGUUAGUGUUAGAGCAUCUUGUCAAGCAGCCAUUCUUCCCAAAGUUUUCCAGAGAAAUAUUAUCUAUGUUUAUGAGCAAACCUCAUCCAUUAUUGGAAAAGUCCAAAGAAGCAAGACACAAACUGUUGCAGACAUUGAUGGCAUAUUAAUGGAGUCAUUCUUCUUUAAAGGACAAAACACAUUUCAUCACAUUUGAACAUUGUUAUUUUUAAUGAUAGUAAAAACCUUGUAUUGUUGAACAAUCUUAAGAAAAAAUAUAACAGAUUCUACUUAAUCAUGAUGAAUUUUUGUUAAGUUUUUGUGUAUGAUCAUAAAAUAUUCUGAUUGAUUGAUUUUUAGUGUUAAAUGCCACUUUCGACACAGUGGCUUUUUUCAGGCAGCCAGUUUUGAUUGGUAGAUGAAAACAGAGUGCCCUGAGAGAACCACAGACCUUCUUCAGUAAAACUGACAAUCUUCGUAAAUUAAGAUUAUAGUCGAGCACUCCUACACGUAUGGGGUUCAAACUUUCAACCUCAGUGUUGACAGACUAGUACUGUAAACAGGGAAAUUUUUGCAGCAGUUUUAUUUUCGCUAUUUUCAUGGUAAUAGUAGAUUCCUGAAAAUAAAACUACUGUGAAUAUUUCAUUGGAGCUGGAUUCAUAGGUCUAAGACUGAACAUAAAAAAAUUCCAGCAUGAAAUCCUGAAUUUAAAGAGGCGCAAAUUUAAAUUCAGUCACAAAUUGAGAAAAAAAGACGGUGCAUAAAUCUUCCAAUUUACAGUAAUACAGUAGUUAAACUACAUAGAUCACAUGGCCAAGAGAUCCCCUGAUCAUUAAAUAAAAAAUAAAUGGUAAACUUAAGACCAACUAGAUUAAAAAAACUUGAAAACAUUAUCACUGUUUUUGUCUAAUCUUUGAGACAAGUCAAGCAAAGGAACUGCACUGUUAUUCAAUUCAAGGCCACGUUGAGGCCUUCAUCAAGGAGCAAAAACAAGUUAUAUUUGUCCCUUAAACAGAUUUCUUAGCUAUAUUUGGAUAAUUCUACAUCUCUGUAAGGUGUGUUAAUGUCUGGUUGAUAUUGCCAUAAACACACUUUAUUAUUAUAUGCCUGUUUACAAGACGUAUUAUGGUAUACCGUUGUCCAUCUGUCCGUUUGUUGAUAACUCAAAAAUGAUUCAACCAAUUUUCAUGAACCUUUGGUGAAUUGUUUAUAUCUAUUGACGUAAGCUCCCUUUCAAUUUUUAUAAAUUUUAGAUUUUACGUUUCUGAGAUGAGAUUUUAUUCAUAAAAAAAAGAAGGAUUUUCCAGUUUUCGGACAAUUUCUCAAAAAUGCUUUGAGCAUUUUUCAUGAAACUUUGGUGACUGGUUUAUAUCUAUUAAAAUAAUCUCCCUUUAGUUUUUAAUAAAUUUCUGAUAUGACAUUGAGGAGUAAUGGAACUUUAUUUGUUGAAAAAGGGACAGGCGUAUCAUGUGCUCAUGGCGCAGCUCUUUAGUUUUACUCAAGUCUUGCUGUAGUAGAAUCAUCUGUUUAACUGCUCGUAAUAGUGAUAGAAGGUGUUUGGAUAAUUAAACUAAAUAAAUUUUGCCAAUA